UGUUUUCAUUUUUGCCGCCAUCGAUCAGCUGUUCGCCUGCGACACGUUUCAGUACCUGUCAAUUAUUACUCGUCAUUACUCGCUAUUUGCAUUGAAUUACGAUUAAACAAUUUAUAAGUUGCUUCUUUCGCACUUGGACCGAUAUUUUUAUAUUCGCGAAUAGCCACAUAUAUUAUAAAUAAUAAUACAUGGACAAUAUAGAGAUCGAUGACUUGGACAGCGAAGCGGUUGAAUUGAACGAGAGUCAUCCUGAUGGGGAAAACGCACAAGAUUUGCAGGAGGAGACCGAGAACAAUGUCUCGCAUGAGGAGCAGCGAGAAAAAUUACUGCGUCUUCCUCUGGGAAGGAUAAAGACGAUUAUUAAAAUGGAUCCCGAGGUCUCUUUGGUGAAUCAGGAGGCUGUUUUUCUGAUAGGAAAAUCAGUGGAAUUUUUCAUCGACUCACUUGCGAAGGAAGCUUAUAAAUAUACCGCGCAAGCAAAGAAAAGGACUGUCCAGAAACGCGAUGUAGAAAGCGCGAUUGAUAACGUCGACGCGCUCGUAUUUCUAGAAGGUAUGCUCGAUUAAACUGUAUAAUGUAUAAUUCUAAUCUAUCACUAGAAAAGUAGAUAAAUUGUGUUAUAUAAAAUAUAUUUUUUAUUCUGUUAAUAAAGUAGUAAAUAUUA